AUGGGAACCUUCGUAAUUCAAAAGAGGCCAAAUUAUUCAGUUCGAUCUUUCGUCUACUUUCUACGGAUCUUGAGCUCCAUGCCACCGUCUAAAGCUCCUCGCAUUCCACAUACGAUUACUACUCGUUUUCGAGCCGGAAUACGCAAUUUCCCAUCCGAAUUGUUUCCCCUCGUUGUAGUUGUAACUGCUGGGUUAUCGGCAGGUGUUUUUGCGGCUGUGCGUAAAAUGCGGACCGAUCCGACAUUGAAAAGACGUCAUUGA